GGUGAUGAGUUUACAAGCUAUAUAAGCAGCAUCCUACAACAUAGAUCUGUGCAAGCCUCAUUGAGAAGAUCACAUAAAGUCAAAUUAAAGAGGAAUUAAGGAUACAAAAUGGCCUUCGGUGGUGUCCUGAGUGAGGCUGACAUCUCAGCUGCUCUGCAGGCUUGCCAAGCUGCUGACUCCUUCAACUACAAAGCCUUCUUUGCCAAGUCUGGUCUGAGCGGCAAGUCCGCAGAUGAUGUGAAGAAAGUCUUUGCCAUCCUUGACCAGGACAAGAGCGGCUUCAUUGAGGAAGAUGAACUGAAACUCUUCCUCCAGAACUUCAACUCUGGUGCCAGGGCCUUAACUGAUGCCGAGACCAAGGCUUUCCUGAAAGCUGGUGACUCCGAUGGUGAUGGCAAAAUUGGAGUUGAUGAAUUCCAGGCUUUGGUAAAGGCUUAAACAUUCUACCACAUCAGUCUGUGAACUUUACUAAACAAUAGCGAUCCACAAUUUUGACUUUUUCUAAAUAAACUGAAAUAAAUGGAACCUGGUUUAGUGGAACACAACCAUCUCUUCACUGUGUUUCUAUUCCGGAGGACAAGUUUUGAAAACAUCGACUGCUAGCGGAAUCCAAGGCAUUCAUUAUGCAAGGAAGACAUUUUUUGUUACCAUUAGCCAACAAUGAAACCUAUGACCAGCAAUGUGUCCAAGAGUCGCAUAAUAAGAAUAACUUGUUAUUUUUGUAUAUUGAUAGAGCAUUGAUCUAUGUUAAAGCUGUUAUGACUUUUGUAAAUGCACAAACAUAAUUCUUCUUGUAAUGUCUUUAUGGAUUGAGGCUGCAGAAUAAAGAAAACUUGGAUGCUAUCAAUAAAUCUAUUUUGAAAUCAA